AUGGGGUGUUUCUGGAAAAGAGUUAUGGAUUUGGGGGAGGCUAAGACUCAAAUCUUGUUUGCAGUGCCAAUGGUGUUAUCCAAUGUUUUUUACUACUUAAUUACUAUGGUUUCUGUCAUGUUUUCUGGCCACCUCGGUGAGGUCGAGCUUGCUGCUUCAACUCUUGCCAAUUCAUGGGCCACUGUCACUGGUUUUGCUUUCAUGACUGGUUUAAGUGGAGCGUUGGAGACCCUUUGUGGUCAAGGAUUUGGUGCAAGGAUGUACAAAAUGCUGGGGAUUUACCUCCAAGCAUCCUGUAUUAUAUCCUUCUUUUUCUCCAUCAUCAUAUCGAUUCUAUGGUUCUUCACCGAGCCGAUCCUUGUUUUGCUUCAUCAAGACCCUGAAAUAUCAAGAAUGGCUGCUCGUUACAUUAAGUAUUUGAUUCCUGGUUUGUUUGCUUAUGGUUUUCUGCAAAACAUUCUGAGGUUUCUUCAGACACAGAGCAUUGUUGUACCCUUGAUCGUAUUCUCUGUCAUUCCGUUGGGUAUUCAUUUCGGGAUUGUUUAUGGUUUGGUAAACAAGACAGUUCUUGGUUUCAUAGGUUCUGCCCUCGCUGCAUCGAUUUCGAUAUGGAUAUCGUUUCUUUCGUUAGCUAUAUAUGUCGUUUUGGCCAACAGAUUUAAGAACACAUGGAAUGGAUUGUCUUCUGAUUCAUUUCGUUACAUCAAACAAUAUUUCAAAUUAGCCCUUCCUUCUUCAGCAAUGGUUUGUUUAGAGUGCUGGGCUUUUGAGAUACUUGUGUUCUUGGCUGGUUUGAUGCCAAACCCAGAAAUUACAACUUCGUUGAUUGCAAUAUGUGUGAAUACCGAAUACAUUGCCUACAUGAUCACAUAUGGCCUUAGUGCUGCAGCAAGCACAAGAGUGUCGAAUGAAUUGGGAGGUGGAAAUCCGAACAAGGCAAAACAUGCCAUGGCAGUGGCUCUGAAGCUGUCGAUCCUUCUUGUGCUUGCAGUGGUUCUCACGUUAGCCUUUGGACACAAUAUCUGGGCUGGUUUCUUCAGCGAUAGUGAUUCAAUAAUCAAGAAAUUUGCAAAGAUGACGCCCUCGCUGCUCGUCUCAAUAGCCAUCGAUGCCAUUCAAGGUGUCUUGUCAGGGGUUGUAAGAGGGUGUGGUUGGCAAAAGAUGAUUGUAUUAGCUAACUUGGGGACAUUCUACCUUAUUGGCAUGCCCAUUACGAUUCUCCUCGGAUUCAAGUUUAAAUUCUAUGCUGAGGGCUUAUGGAUAGGGUUAAUAUGUGGUCUAUCCUGUCAAACCUGUAUUCUUAUGCUGGUUACAUUUUAUAGGAAAUGGACAAAAUUUGAUCUUUAG